AGCGACGCCGCGCGCGUUCCCGCAGCUCGGGGGAGAUACGAGCUCAGGGUUAAUCUGCGGUUAAAGUGCGGGGUUAGGGGUUAAUAUGAGCCGGUUGAGCGGGGUGUUGAGGCGGGUGUUUGGGGGGGUGAAGCAGUGUGUGGGGUCUGAUCAGUUCGGUAAUAAAUAUUAUUAUAUACCCGAACACAAGAGCUGGACAGGGCAGGUGGUUCGAGCUCGGCGGUUGGUUGAAGCCUGUAAUCCAGCAGAGUUUGAGUAUCUGGAGGGGAAUAUUCCCUCUGAGUGGGACGCCUGGAUAAGAGGUAGACGGAAAGACCCUCCCACUAUAGAGGAGCUGGUGAGGAACGAGGAGUACAGGGAGCAGAUUAAGCUGAAAGCUCAGGAGGUGGAGGAGAGGGAUCAGGUUCUGCAGAUCCGGGAGGAGCAGCCGGUUCAGACCCAGGUUAAAGGUCACGCUGCUGCCGCUCAGUACGGCCGACCCGAGAUCAGCCCGGACCCGGUCAGCACCGCCAACACCUUCACCCCCGGCUCCUGGAGCCCCAACAAGAAAUCAUAAAACCCCUAAUCAAACAAUAAAAACCAGAAUCUUUAAAAAAUCAAACCAAAAAAUAGAAUCAGAAUCUUCUGCUCUGGAUUCCGAUCAGUCGUCCAUCAUCACUGAAGAACAUCAAAAAAUCCAGAUAUUAAUAAUGCAGUUUAUGUAAGCAGUACUGUCGACCAAUAAAUUAUACCGUUCAGAUUUAAUUUACCUCUGGUAGAAAUAUCACAAUAUUAAAUAUAAAAUCUGCUGAUAUAAAACUCUGUGCAGGUUUAGUGAGUGGACUGAUAUUUACCUGUGUUAACUUGUGUGCACUGGAUAAUAAAUGAUGUAAAGUUUGGAGUUUGUAACUUUUAUAAAGUUCCUCAAUAAUAAAUCCAGUUCUCCAGCA